AUGGCUAUCAAACAUGGCACAGGACGAAAGUCCCCCUUUCUGUCCCUAUCGCCUCAGGCGUUGAAAUUGUAUAUCAAGGCCGCACGCAUUCUGUCGAGCCGGCUAAAAGAAGCUCAGCGAGAAGGCCGACUCGAACUUACCAACGCCAUCACCCUUACUAUCUCGCACCUCAUGGGCGCAGAUGCGAUGGGCAGAAAUUUCACUGCGCUCAGUCAACACCUUCAGGGCGAACUUGCCUUAAAACGCCUCCUGAGCUUAGAGCUCAUCGACCUGAUCGAAUCCAUAUACACUGCCCCCGCAUCAGCAGAGCUUCAUGCCGAACACUUAAUCAUUUGUGCGGCGCUCUGCCAGCAGGAGCUACUUCCAACUUUCCAACAAGUCAUCGUCACUGCAUUGAUGGGUUACGUGAUCUACCGCCACGGUACACUCCACUGGCUGAUGAAUGGCUUUCUCCACGCUUAUACGCUCUACUUAUCAGGAAGACCCCUCGCCCACGACUUCUACCCUCUGGACGACUGGAUGCGCGACUGCUUGUGCUGGAUUUCCUCAUUGUUCAUGGACGCAUUCGACACUGGGUCAUUAGGCGAGAAAUUGGCCAUCUUUGCCUCUGAAGGCAAAGGGUGGAGGGUUGAUGAGAUCGAUGAAGUCUGCAUGUUGUUUCUAUGGAAUGAUUCCUUAUCGCAGAGUUUGAGAGAGAAUAAUGGAUCCGACAGUACAGUCAAAGCCGCCAGACCAUGA